CCAGUCCUGUGUCCUGUGUAUCAUCUUUCAACUUGCUGGUUUACAACGGUCCCCUCUGGGUGUCAGUAGCUCAGGACAGGCCUGGGGAGCCUCUCUUCCAAUAGUCCCAGCCACAAACUGGACCCAUGGAUCUUUUUCCCGUGAGGAGUCCUCAUUCUUACUAAGCCCUGAUCCAAAGGAAAAGUGAACAGAGACCCAGAUUUCAGCUCUAGAACCAGCUGCCUCUGCUUUUUGCCAGCAGCUUAGGAAAAUCCAGAAGAAGUGGCAGCCAUGCUGGCUAGCUGACGGUGAUUAGAGGCUUACGAGGAGAGGCCAAAGCCCAAGAAGUUCCUGUGUCAAUGGAUGUCAUUACCCCAACUCUUUCUCAAAUCAGAGGGAGGACUUCGGAGCCUGGCACUCUGCAGGUAACUCCCGGCAGGCUGGACAGAGAUAAAGACCAGAGCAGCAGCAUCAUUUCUGGGUUUGCGGGGCUCCUCACCAUCCUCCUAGUCAUCGCAGUUCUCUGCAUCCUGUGGAACUGGAAUAAACGGAAGAAGCGGCGAGAUCCUAACCUGCGAGUUACCAACAUGUUCUUGCUGACUCUGCUUCGAUCCAGACGACGAGCCAAAAAUAUUUAUGACCUCUUGCCCCGGACUCAAGAAGAACUAGGGAGACAUCAGUCAAGGAGUAUCCGUAUUUUCAGUAUUGAGAGCCUCCGCUCCAGAAACUCUGACAGCCCUCAUUCUGGGCAUGUGCCCUCUCAAGCAGGCAAUGUCUUCCAGGAGCACAGAGCCCAGACUCACACUGUGCGAAUCUAUGACAAUGCCAGCUGGCCCCAGAUGUGUGGGAACCUCACUCCCUCAGCACACUACGUCAACAUCAGAGCACCUGGAGACCACCCAAGCAUCUCUUCAGAGGACUCAAGAGAUUAUGUCAAUGUCCCCACAGCAGAAGAGAUUGCUGAAACUCUAGCUUCUCCCAACAACCCCCCUGGGAACCUCUUUAUCCUUCCAGUUGCCCCAGAGCUGGAACUUACUGAGGAAGGAGACAAGGGCUGUGCCAAUGUCAGUGACAGCACUAGUUUUUGGUCUCUGGGAACUGAGAAUAAUGAUCCACUCAGUGAUGAGGAAGGUUCUUCUCAGACCUCAAAUGACUAUGUCAACAUGGCAGAGUUGGAUCUUAGGGCCAUCCAGAGGAAGCAGCCCCAGGUGUCUUUUCAGUACUGCAGAGAUUAUGAAAAUGUCCCACCACCAGAUCCCAAUGGAAGCCAGUGUCAGGAAGAAGAAGUGACAACCUCAAACACAAACCAUGAAGAGGGCAGGACAGACGAUGAAGGGACCCACAUCCAAUUUGUCAUGCAAUCAAGGAGGUUCCUGGAUUUAGGGGAUUAUGUGAUUUAUCAGCCAUCUGCACAGACUGAGGACAGUCAGGUGAAACAUGAAGAAGAGGUGUCAGAUGAGGACUCUAAUGACUACGACACUGUGCUUGUUGUCAAGUCGGGAGGCGGGGACUCUGGGGAAGAACCAGACACACAGACACAUGGCUCCUUCCUGAUUAAUUAAGACCCACCCACCCAUCCAGCUGGAAAGCCACACAUAGUCUAGCCUGAGGGAUGAGGGGAAGACCCUUGACCAUCCUCGUUUCCGUGGAUUCAUUUGGUUAGGCUAAAAAGAGGCUGAGAAGGAGUAGGGAGUUAAGUGGCUCACAAAAGCAGAGGUUUGGGAAAGCCACAAAAAAAUUCUUUUCAAAUAGGGUACCAUUAUCUCUCAUACCAACCUAAGAAUGUUUCCUAAAACUGCUUUUUAUGACUAUUAACAGAUGAGAAAGAAAGAGAGAACUUGAGUGCACAGUGGAAAUAUAAAGUAGUCUAAAAUUAUUAUCUUCACUAAUACUAGCAGGCUUCAAAGCAAAAAUUCAGAUUAUUUUGUAAUCCAGGCAGAGGCCAAUAGGAAGAGAGAAGUCAGAGUAGGGGAGGGGGCCAGUUUCCACUUUAAAAUGAGGAUGGACAACUAAAGCUGGAGAUGUGGAACAAUAGGAACUCUCACUCACUGCUGAUGGGAUUGCAAAGCAUGAGAUUCAGUUUGGAAAACUAUUUGGCAAUUUCUCUAAAUAUACACUUAUAUUACAUAGCCAUUUCACUAUUAGGUAUUUACACAAGUGAAUUGAAAACUUGUCUUCACACACACAAACCAUACAAGACUAUUUAUAGUAGCUUUAUUCACAUUUGUCAAAACCUAAAAAUAACUCAGAUGUCUUUCAACAAGUGAAUGGGUAAACUGCAGUAUAUUUAUACAAUGACUAUCUAUACCCAACAGUAAAAAAGAAAUGAACUGUCGAUUCAUGCAACAACAUGGACAAAUCUUAAAUGCAUUUUUCUAAGUGAAAGAAGCUAGACCUAAACCUCUACCUACUGUAUGACUCCAUUUAUAUGACAUCUGGAAAAGGCAAAGCUAUAGGGACAAAGAACAGAUUAAUGGUUGGCAAGUCUGAGGAAAGGGGACAGGGAGUUCACUACCAAGAAAUGUUUGGGGUAAUGGAGCUGUUCUGUAUGGUACUGUGAUGGUGCACACAUACUCUAUGCAUAUGUCAAAAUGUAAAAAAAAAAAACUGUAUAGCAUACAGAGUACUUUUAUUACAUGCAAAUUAAAAAUAUUAACCAGGCUGUCAGGGGAACACAUGCUGAAAUGCAUAUUGUGAUACAUGGGUCUAACUGUCUUACAACUAUAUGACAUAACUUCAGUGAAGAGAAAGAGCUGCCCUAAUUAACUUUGGAAAAUAAUGUUUUUACUUGCAACUAAGAUGAAGACACAAAGAACUCUAGGAAAACACUGCACUCUAGUUGGUAAAUUUGUAUUUCACAGGAGUGUAGGUUAGCUAUUCUGAAACUACUUGAAGUGUAUACUAAAGUUAAACAAGUAAGUAAAUAAGUAUAUUACAGAUGAGGAGCCACAGGUUUCUUACUGUCAGAGAAAGAAGUAACAAAUAAGCAAGUAGCAAAGGCUCCAGUUAACUUUGUGGUGCUGGAUUAAAGUUGGCAGUACAGUUUGAACUCAUAUUCAUAUAUAUAUGAAUAGAUACAAAAAUCAAUAUAGAUGUGUAUAUACAUAGGUGAAUAUUCAUACAUUUCUUAGCUUUGCCACUAGAGGGCAUAGAUGGUAUGACUCCCCAAUAGCAAUGAACACACUUAGCGCUCAGAACUUGGCUUCUAAAUAUCAUCCUCCAGUAAACGGAACCAGAGCUCCUUGGAGAAAGGACUAUUUCUAGGGCUGGGGCAAAGAAAACUAAAGGAGAGUGGUAAGAAAAGAUGAGAGCAUGUUCAAAGGAGCUAACUGAAAGAGCUCCCUAAUGCAAAGCUAGAACAGUUUGAGAAAUAAAAAUAAGUAAUUAUAAAAUAAAUUUAUAACCCAAAGAAUAAAAGAAAUAUCCAUAAUUGAUAUCCAUACCAAUAGUCAAAUAGACAAAGUGAGAAAAAAGGAUCAGUCUUCCUUACAGAUAAAUCACAAACAAUAAAUGCAGAAGAAAUGAAUGAAAAAGAAAACCACCAUCAAGACCACAAAAUAAUUGCUGUGGGUAAGUCUGGAUGAAUGUUAAAAUUAGUGGGUGACACUUUAGGGAGAAAUAAGAUAGUUUCAUAUCCUCAAAGACUCUUCCCCAAAAUACUGACUACUGUAAUGAUUUUAACACACAUGUCCACAAAUUAUUUGAUACUCCCCCUGGAACUUAAUUCCCCUCUCUUUCAGUGUGGGCUGGAUCUAGUGACUAUUUUCUAACAAACAGAAUCUAAAAUGGGGGGGAAAAGUAAAUUGAGAGUGGAGAAACUUGGCAGACACCAUCUAGACCACAUGAUCAAGGAUAACUCACUGGUAAUAAGUCAUUUUGCUAUAUGAUUGAGGAAAAGGAUACUUCAUCUCUAUGGUAUUUUCUAAAAUCUAAAAUCCAUUCUUAUCAUGAGAAAAAAAACAGAAAACCCAAAUUGUAUAACAUCCUACAAAUACCAGAGCAGAGCUCUUAAAGGUGCCAUGAAACACAAAACAGUUGAGAAACUGUCAGAUGGAGGAUGCUGAUGAGAAAGGAUACCUGAUGAGGAUACCUGAUGAGAAAGUAGAGCAUGGCACCUGGAUUUACAUCCUGGGGCAGAAAAAGAAUAUUAGCAGGAAAAAAAUUAUGAAAUUCCAAAAAAGCUAUAUCUUAGUUACCAGUAGUAUAUUAAUGUGAGUUUUUUUAAUUUUGAGGAAUAUGCCAUGGUAUGGAAGAUGUUAACAUUGGGGGAAGGGGGGGAAGGGUAUACAGGAACUCUACUGUCUUUGCAACUCUUCUAUAAAUGAUUUCUAAAUAAUAAUUUUAAAGCAUGGAUAAAACUGGGAGUAAAGGCAAAAGGAUCAUCCCACUUAAAUAAGUGUGCCUUUGUUUCUUAUUUGGCAAAAUGGCUGUAAUAUAAAGCACAUGCUGGUGUAA